AUGGCGACCACGAAGUUGGGCCUACUCAGGAACUCCCUCAAGUCGAUCAUCCUCUCGAGCGGCGGGAGCCGGGGUCUCCCCUCCAGGAGCCUCUCCACCACGGUCGCUUCCGGCGAUCAGGACGCUUCUUUCUCCGAUUCCUUUGUUAAUCCUCCGCCAGGUAUUGUCCUCUUCCCAUCGCCCCCGCAUUCUAGGUUUUGGGAGCUUUGAGCGAUGUUGGACGCGUGUUCACAGCUUUUGGAAACCUACAGAACCCUGUUCAAAACGACAUGAACGAAAAUGAUCUCAUCGGACGGUGUUCGGAUGGCUUUAUUUUAUUUGAUCCGUUCGAAAAAUGGCCAGAUUGAAGUGGGACACCGUCGAGCUGACGAAUGUGAGGGUCAUGGGUGAUUUUUGUACUGUUUUCAUCGGCUGAAAAGAAUUUUCGCAGCAAGACAGUGCUCUUCUUAGAGCUGUCCUCUCCCCUGCGCUUACCUGAUUCAUGGAGUGCCUAAAGUACUGGGAGCAUACGGGGGUAGCAGUGAUAUCUGAUUCUUGUGGUAACCUACUGGCUGAAGACUAAUCUGAACUGUCCGCUACGAAAGACGAAUUAUCAGCAGCCCAUCGAAAGAGCAAGAACGCUUUUGCUGGAUGCCUUGAUGACUUGGCUGAGGCGACAGAAACCAACAACAGAGGAGAAGUUAGCAUCCAAUGCUUUUAUUUGCUUCCAAACAGUAAGAUUUGGAUGAAAAAGUUUGAAGAGGUUAUGUUCCAAAUCUCAAGGUUCAAAGGAUAGUACUAAGAUGUACUGUGCUUCUUAGAUUUUGUUUCCCUUUUCAUAUCAUUCGUACCGAGGUAUUAUCUAAACCUGACAUUUAUGGUUCUUUUUGCUAGGCAUGGUCUUUGGAAGGUUGACUAAUAUCGGGAGGAACACGCUGAAGACUGAUAUCAUCCACUACUUUGAAGGCUGUGACCUGAGCGCAGAGGACAUUAAAGUCGAAUACAACAAGCUUUUCAAUCCAACUGGCAUGUAUGCUCACCUUCUCUCUUUCUCCCUAUUCUCUCCUCAAAGGUAUUUGCAGUGUUGCUGGAUCACUCCCCCGAAUGCACUGGAAGGAAAAUAGUCAUAGAAGAUGAAAACUAGCUGAUAAAAUUCCAUGUCCUCAUAUAUCAAGAAUUCUGUAUGAAUUGUGGUGCCUUGCAUCUUCAGAUUGGUCACCCGUUGACCGAAAUUUCCUUUUUUAUUGCAGUAUUUUUUUAAUAAAAUCCUAGUGUUCUUAGUGUGCAGUUGAACUGUGAAGUGCAGAGAGAUCAUUGGCGUGGUUUUCUUCUGCUUCCAGCAUUCUAGUUUCCAGUUAAAAAUCGUUAAUCUGCUCGUGAAGCGACAUUUUUUUUUUCCUUGUGCAUUUAAUCGGUCAAUGUCACACAUGUUCGAACAGUACAGAUACAUUUACGGUAAGUAUUUUAGUUCAAAGCAGCUGAGAAAUCAUAAAUACCUACGUCAACUACUAUCUGACUCUGAUAAUGACCACAUCUGGGCAUUCCAAGAACCGUUUUAUGUCCUAUAUUAUUUAUUUAAAUCUGCAAGUCCUUGGCUGGGAUUUUGAUGUGGAGUAGAGAUUAAUGGCUGCCUUCAGCUAAGAAGAAUGUCUGACUUCUUCUAUCUUUUCACCCUUCGGAUAUUAUCCGCUCUCAUUGUACCAAUGAAGCCGUCAUCUUUUCCCCCAUAAAUUUUAUAUCCUUCAGAAAUUUUAUCAGCAUGUUUCUUUUUGGAAAAAAUCAAAUAUAAUGAACAAUUCAGUGGUGAAACCGUGAUGUCAUCAGUAAUUAACACUAUACCCAGCUUUGAUUCUCAUAAAGAACCCAUGAAUUAUAUAUAUCUCUAUGUACCUCUCUAUGGAUAUAUAUAAGUUUAUGCCAUUGUAAUUAUUUAUUUAUUCCCAGCAUAUUUUUUUUCCUUAGAAAUCAUCAUUAUGCCGAUAAAUCUUCUUUGAUACCCUCAAUUAUAAAUUAUUUAUCUUUAAAUAUACCUAGUUAUGUGUAUUUUUUCUUCAAUCUGCUCGUUAUGAUAACUGUUCUUGGGUCUGCUUCUGUUUUGGGAUCAGGCUGGUGCAAUUCCCUUCUCGCUCUUCCUUUGAUACCGCGCUCAGGCUGAUCAUGAGGAAGGGUCGCCUGUACAAUCUAACGAAGGUGAGAUCAUCUCCACGUGGAAUUAACUGUAAUUUGUAUUUAUUUUUUAUAGCUAAUAUCUCUGUGUUCAUUCUGAUCAGAUCGACCGCGGCCUGUGGGACCUUCAGACUUCCUACAGCGGGAAAACUGUGAGCAUCCACUUUGUGUUCCUUGGGAUAAUAUGAAUUCUUUUCAUGGUGAUUUUAAAAUAUUAUCUUAAUUAUAAUUAUUAUAAUUAUAAUCCGGCGGUUGGUAUUUAAAAUCCUCAGGUUCUGCUGAAAGCCCAGCGGAAUGCGAUUCAAGAGGACGUGGAGAGGAUAUUCCGCGGCUGCAACUACGACGGCUCCUCCACGGAGAUCUUCCUCAGGUCAACGCCGCUGACUCUACCUCCCUCUGACCCGUGUGGCGUCGCGCUUGCGGCUAGUUGACCGGGUGGUGGCCUUUGGGAGUGCCGCAGGCCCGGCCCGGUGGAGCCCGUCAAGCUGGCGCUCGUCCGCUUCCCCACGCGAGAGGAGGCGAUGACGGCGGUCCGCCUGCGCAACCGGAGCUUCUGCCUGAACACGCCCGUGGUGAUGCACGUCCUCCAGUGA